AUGGACGACAAUUACCCUCUGUGGGAAAAGAAGGGAAGAAGCCUACAGAAAUGGAUCGAGAACUACCGUGCAGCGGGUUGCCCGUACUCCAUUUCCACUUUCAAUCUGAAGCCCAGACAUCCGGACUAUACCGUCGAUCGCACAUCUGUGCAUCUAGACGCAAAAUUAUUGACCGCGCUUAACAUGAGCAACGCGAAUUCCACCUGUCGAAAAAUUAGCAUUAGGCAGCGUGACGAAGGUCCGCCAGUGUGGUGGAUUGGGCGCACUGGACCAGGUGUGAUCUUGAUUGACGAUAUCUUUAAGUCCAAGAGAAGCGACGAUCCAUAUAUAUCCGAGUUCACCAAGGCAGCCUACAAACUGGACUUCCCCUUGGACAGUCUGAAGAAUGUAAUUGUUCCCAAUGUAAACGAAGUGAACACCAUUUCGUGUAUCAAAAAGGUGUACAAAUCCCGCGAAGGACUUCGUUAUCCAUCCAGCACACAGCAGGCUUGGGAGCCGUCCUCGUCCGAGUUCCAUGCUCUGCUAGGAACUGGAAUCGGCAAAAUCAUUGCAGCGUUCGUUCUGUGUGCAUGGGGCCAAGGGAGAAAGCGAAUUGUGAGAAUUGUUACUUUCCACAUUGGUGCCGACGUUCACAAGCUGUAUAUGCGGUUCGAUCUGGAUGAUAUGUGA